GAGAUCCCGCCGGCUGGGAGGGACACGGGGAGAGAGACCGGAACCGGCACCGGGAUCCACACUGCGUUUGAGACUGGGAUUGAAAGUGGUACCGGGACUGACACCGGGGGCAGCACCGGGAUCCGGAGCCCCUCGGGACGGGGUCCCCCAGCCCCGCUGCUCGCCGUGCCGAAGAUGACCCUGAACGAGCAAAGCCCGCUGCGGCGGAGGGCCAGCACCCCCCUGCCCCGGGCCGGGGUGCCGGGGGACACCCGGCAGGGACAGUCCGGCCACCCCCAGCUCAGUUACUCGGCCUCCGAGCCGGGCAGCAGGGCCGCGGCUCCCCGGGACAGCUGGUCCUCCGGUUCCUCGGGCUCUUCCAGCCCCUGGGAAUCCCGGUACCGGGUGGUGCUGCUGGGUGAUCCCGGCGUGGGCAAAACCAGCUUGGUCAACGUCUUCACCGGUGUCCAGGAGCCGCUGGAGCAGCACGGAGAGGCUGCGUACGAGCGGACGCUGGCGGUGGAUGGCGAGGAGGCCGCGGUGCUGGUGCUGGACUGCUGGGAGCAGGAGCUGCGGGGCGCGGAGAGCUGGCGCCGCAACCAGUGCCUGCGGGUGGGGAACGCCUACAUCAUCGUCUACUCCAUCACCGACCGGGGCAGCUUCGAGAGCGCCUCGGAGCUGCGCAUCCAGCUGCGCCGUGCACGCCAGGCUGAGGACAUCCCCAUCAUCCUGGUGGGCAACAAAACCGACCUGGUGCGGCGCCGAGAGGUCUCUGUUGAAGAGGGCCGAGCCUGCGCCGCGGUGUUCGACUGCAAGUUCAUCGAGACGUCGGCAGCCCUGCAGCACAACGUGGCCGAGCUCUUCGAGGGGGCGGUGCGGCAGAUCCGCCUGCGCCGCGGGGCCAAAGAGCCCCCCACGCACCCCCUGCCCGGCCAGAGGCGCGGGGAGAGCCUCACCAAGAGAGCCCGGCGGUUCCUCGACAGGCUGGUGGUCAGGGACAGCACCAAAGUGACCCUCAAAGCCCGCUCUAAGUCCUGCCACGACCUGUCCGUGCUCUGAGAGCUGCCGCCUUCCCGUCCCUCCCCACGCAGGGCUGGGAAUCCCUGCCAGCAGCGUGGCCGGAGGAGCUGCGGAGAGCCCGGAGAGGGGCCAGGGCGAUGCCGAGGCCGUGGAGGGAUGCCCGGGGUGCUCCAGAUCCAUCCCCUUCCCCUCCAGGAUGGGGGGACGGGAGGACAAGCGGGUCCCUUGGGCUGCACCCGUGGAGCAGAGAGUGGGACGGAC